AUGAACAGCAUCGUCGGCCUGCUCGCCGCCACCGCACUGCUGGUCGGGGGGAUCUGGCUAACGCGUCAACACGGCCAAACUCCUACUGUGCUCUCGGUCUCGUCUUCACCAACGCACGACUUCACAAAGAAGAGUCAGCCGUCGAUAAAUCUUGUCGCCGGCCUCGGGGUCGAGAACGACGCUCAUGCGGGUGUGACAGAUCAGCACCUUUCACGCUUGAAACUCCAGCCUGCCCAAAAGAACCUUCGCCAGGUACAUUUGAUUCACAACGAGAUCCUCCAGGAGCACGGCUUGAAUCCAGCAGAUAUUGGUGAGAACAUCACCACAAAUGGCAUCGACCUUCUGUCUCUGGGGCGAGGGACAAGGUUACGUUUUGUCACGAGGGGACGUAAGCACGAACCGAUUGCUUCAAGUCGGGCUCCCUGCAUUGUCAUCACUGGCCUUCGAAACCCAUGCCCGCAGAUUGAGAAAUUUAGGAAAGGUCUGCAAGCAAAGUUCGUUGAAAGAGAUGAGCAACGGAAGAUCAAGGCCAGGAAAGCCGGUAUUAUGUCUGUGGUUGAGAAGGGAGGACAAGUGGAACCUGGGAUGAGUAUCAUUGUCGAGAAGCCACCGGAGCACAUAGCAUUGGACGUGGUUUGA